AUGAGGAAGAAGGUAGUAAAACUCUACAACGACAGCAAGGAGGAAGAGGAAGAAGACCAUUGGCAUGACGCAAGAGAACACCAGGACGAACAGUGGUACGACACCAACCCGGAAGAGAAGCUAGCACCUAUCCUAUCCAAGCACGGAAUCAAAAAGAAGGUAAAAAAGUACGUCAUCAAUCCCAACGGAGCCUACGAUCCGGCUUAAUUCCUAACCAUCACAACAGACGAGAUUACAACGCUGAUAAAUUCCGAAAAGGAACCAAAAAAUUUAAGCAUGUCCCUAGCAUGCGAGAUGGUAAGGAAUGAUCCAAAAACUGGGGAGGAAGUAUCAACCAUCGCUCACUUCAGGUAAAAAACCAACAAACUCGUCAGUAUAGCUGACACAGAAGAGGCUCUCAACAUCAUGAAGGAAAAAAUGCUGAAGUCCUUUUUAGAGUACCAAAAGCGUGGUGGUGGGUGGAGGCUCCGAAGGGUGGUGGGUGGAGGCUCCGUGUCGGAGAAUUCCGACCACUUAGGGUAAAGUGUCACAUGCCGCUACCCAAACCGAUCGAUAAAAAGAAAGCGAUCAUCAACAUGAAAAAUACGGACGACGAGUGCUUCAAGUGGGCAGUAACCCGUGCGCUAAACCCGGUCGAACACAACCCCGAAAGAAUUUCAAAGGAACUCAAAGAACACACUAAAGAGCUAAACUGGGAAGGAACAGAGUUCCCAACACCCCUAAGCAAUAUCAAAAAAUUCGUAAGAAAAUAA